AUGUCUGUCCUCCGCAACAUUAAGAGCCUUGCUCCCCUCCUCGACCGCGUCCUGGUCCAGCGCAUCAAGCCCGAGGCCAAGACUGCCUCCGGCAUCUUCCUUCCUGAGAGCAGUGUCAAGGAGCAGAACGAGGCUAAGGUCCUCGCUGUUGGCCCCGGUGCCUUUGACAAGGACGGCAAGCGCCUCCCCAUGGGCGUCGCUUCCGGUGACAAGGUUAUCAUCCCUAUGUUCGGUGGCAGCCCCAUCAAGGUCGGCGAGGAGGAGUACACCCUCUUCCGCGAUUCCGAGAUUCUGGCCAAGAUUAACGAGUAA